AUGCUUUUUCGCCUGAAAUUGGUCUCAAAAUGUCCUACAGUUUUUAUCACUCGUUUAAUUUCUGAUGCUCCAUUAACCGUUAGAGGAUCAAGCGAGCCAUUAAAGAAAAUUUAUAAAGAUGCUAAUCUCCAAAAAGAAUUUGAAAAAUACGAAAUGAUGGAUCCCGUCGACAUUAAUGAACUUUCUAGAGUACACCAAGGAAUUGCUCGACAACUUGAUAAAGUCAAUGAAGUUAGGGUUAAAGAAAUGUUUAUUCGAAUUUAUCGAGGAAUGAAAGUUUGCACUUUUUGGGUACUUGUUGUUUUUGCAAUUUAUUUCUAUGGAUGUUAUGCACUUGGACAAGAAACAUUUUUGGAAGAAAUUGAUGAAGAGAUUGCUAUUGAAAGGGGCGAAUUAAUGGUGGAUGAUAGUGGAAAGACAAUACCUACAAACUAAAUUUUGUUUUUUUAUUUAGAAAAUAUUUUUUUGUUAUAUAAAUUACAGGUUUUUUUUAAAUAUUUUGGGGUUUAGGAGACUAGUAAGGGAUUAUGUAGACUUUUAAUAUGUUAGUUACUGGAUUUAGAGACAUAACGGGGAGAAGAAAUGUCUCACUAAUUUGUAAGGACAUCACAUCCUUGUUCAGACGACCAAAUUUCUUUGACU